AUGCGCGCCCCGCCGAGCUGCCCGCGCUGGGCGCUGCUGGCCCUGGCGCUGCCCGUCCUGGCGCUGCCCGCAGAGCCGCUGCAGCUGCUGCCCCACGGCGAGGAGCGCGGCGAUGCCGCCCUGGAGCCCGGGGACGAUGUGCGCUCGGCGGCGCUGGAGCUGAGCACGGCGCUGCACUUCUACGGCGCUGCCGUGCGCUCCCUCUAUAUUGCCACUAAUGGGAUUAUUGCAGUGAAUGAACCCCCAAGUGAAGAAAAAUACCUUGGUCAAUUCCCAGUGAGUUUUGGGGCUAUUGCUCCUUUUAUGGCUGACCUGGACACAACUGAUGGACGUGGAAAUGUGUACUACAGAGAAGAUUCAUCCUCAGAUGUCUUGCAACUUGCAUCAGACUAUAUCAAAAGAGGUUUUCCUGAGGCUGCUUUUGAUCCCAGCAGUGUUGUUAUUGUUACCUGGAAGCAUGUGGCUCCUUCCCAGGCAGCAGGAGAAGAUCAUGCUUUGGAAGAAAAGAGAAACACAUUCCAGGCUGUCUUAGCCUCUUCUGAUUCCAGUUCCUAUGCUAUUUUCCUUUAUCCAGAAGAUAGCUUGCAGUUCUAUAGCACAUACUCCAAGAAUGGCAAUAAAAAUAUUCCUGCUAUCGUUGGCUUUAGUCAAGCCUCUACAAACUACUAUUUUUGGGAAGAGCCGGGAUCCUACAAUGUCAUUGCUGAAGAUGAAGACAGCAUUAGAAACCUUGUCAAAAGCAGCAAUGCUGGGAAGCAGGGCAUCUGGGUGUUUGAGAUUGGUAGCUCAUCUGACAGUAUCGUGCCUGCCAAAAUCAGCAAUAUUUUGGAGAGCGUAGAGCCCAGCGAAGAAGACCAGGAGAUGACUUCUAAGCCCUUUAUGUCUGACUAUGGUUCCACUGAAAUAACACAGCAGUAUAUCACAAGUAGCACGGACAGCACUGAAGAGGAUCAGCACCUUGUCACAUACAGUGUUCCUCAGCUAGCUGCAGAAGACUUUCUGACUUCAUACCAAGAUGUAACAGGAACACCUUCAACUGAGUCUUUUUACAGUCCUCAAAAUUUCCCGACAGCAAAAGCUCCACCUCGCCACUUUCGCAUCCAGCAGUUCCCCCCACAGCCACCUCAAGUAAUAGAUGUGGAAGAAUUUGAUGAAACUGGAAUAGUGUUUCGCUACCACACAGAUGUCCAAGAGACCUGUGCUAACAACCGUCACCAGUGCUCUGUUCAUGCUAUUUGCAAGGAUUAUCCCAACGGGUUUUGUUGCAGUUGUAUUGCUGGCUACAAAGGAAAUGGCAGACAGUGUGUAGCAGAAGGUUCUCCUCAGAGAGUCAACGGCAAGGUCAGAGGAAGAAUCUUUGUAGGAAACAACCCCGUCCCAGUUGUGUUUGAGAACACUGAUCUCCACUCCUAUGUUGUGAUGAACCAAGGACGUGCCUACACUGCCAUCAGCACAAUCCCAGAGACUUUGGGGUAUUCUUUACUGCCUCUUGCCUCUAUUGGAGGUAUCAUAGGAUGGAUGUUUGCUGUGGAACAGCAAGGAUAUAAAAAUGGAUUCAGCAUUACUGGUGGUGAGUUUACACGGCAGACAGAAGUAACUUUUCUUGGCAACAAUGAGAAGCUGGUUGUAAAGCAGAAGUUCAGUGGCAUUGAUGAGCAUGGUCACCUCACCAUCAGCACAGAAAUGGAGGGCAGAAUUCCUGAGAUCCCAUCUGGGGCAUCAGUCCAUAUAGAGCCCUACACCGAGCUCUACCACACCUCUAGUUCUGUGAUCACUUCAUCGUCCUCGAGGGAGUACACGGUGACAGAGCCAGAAAGGGAUGGAGUGGCUGCCACCUACACAGGUGCCUACCAGUGGCGCCAGACCAUCUCCUUUGAUGAAUGCAUCCACGAUGACACCCCCCAUUCUGCUCCUGCCACUCAGCAGCUCUCGGUGGACAGCGUGUUUGUCCUGUACAACAGGGACGAGCAGAUCCUGCGAUACGCCAUGAGCAAUUCCAUCGGCCCCAUUAGUGAUGGUUCUGCUGAUAUUAACCGGAAUCCUUGCUACACUGGCACUCAUAACUGUGACACCAACGCCGUGUGCCGUCCGGGAACUGGGAAUCGUUUUUUCUGCGAAUGUUCGAUUGGCUUCCGCGGAGAUGGAAACGUUUGUUACGAUAUUGAUGAGUGUUCAGAGCAGCCAGGGCUGUGUGGCAGCAAUGCAGACUGCAACAACCAGCCGGGAACCUACCGCUGUGAGUGUGUCGGGGGAUACCAGUUUGCGGCAGAUGGGCGGACUUGUGUCGCUGUGGAGCAUGAGGUAAACCACUGCCAGAGGGGCACACACAACUGUGACAUUCCUCAGCGUGCUCAGUGUGUGUACACCGGAGGGUCUGCCUACAUCUGCACCUGCCUCCCCGGCUUCUCCGGAGAUGGGCGAGCCUGUCAGGAUGUAGAUGAAUGUCAACAGGGCCACUGUCAUCCAGAUGCUUUCUGCUACAACACUCCCGGGUCCUUCAGCUGCCACUGCAAGGCAGGUUAUCGUGGGGAUGGUUUCCGAUGUGUGUUAGGAGAAGUAGAAAAGACCAAAUGCCAGCAUGAACGAGAAGUAGCUCUUGGCAGCGGAGGUGCUUUCUUCCCAAGGGAUGUAAGAGUUGGUCACUUCAUUCCCCAGUGUGAUGAGCAUGGGAAUUACCUACCCACACAGUGCCAUGCUGGCAGUGGAUAUUGCUGGUGUGUGGAUAGGGAUGGAAAUGAGAUUGAUGGCACCAGAAGCGGUCCAGGAGUCCGACCACCAUGUCUGAGCACAGCCGCUCCCCCUGUUGUUGUUGGGCCCUCUGUUCGACCAGACACGGUGCCUCUGCCACCAGGAACGCACUUGCUUUUUGCCCAAAGUGGUAAAAUUGAACAUGUUCCCCUAGAGGGAAACAGUAUGAAGAAAAAUGGUGCAAAAGCACUCUUGCAUAUUCCAGACAGAGUUGUUAUUGGAGUUGCUUACGACUGCGUGGACAAGAUGGUUUAUUGGACAGACAUCAGCGGCCCCUCGAUCAGCAGGGCCAGCCUGCAUGGUGGGGAACCAACAACCAUAAUCAAAGCAGACUUGGGAAGCCCUGAAGGGAUAGCUGUAGAUCAUCUAGGUCGCAACAUCUUCUGGACUGACUCUCAGCUGGAUAGAAUAGAAGUGGCCAGGCUGGACGGGCGGCAGCGUCGCAUCCUUUUUGACACUGGUUUGGUGAACCCCAGAGCAAUCGUCCUGGAUCCUGUGAGAGGAAACUUGUACUGGACUGACUGGAACAGAGAAGCUCCUAAAAUUGAAACUUCAUACAUGGAUGGCACAAAUAGAAGAAUUCUUGUUAAAGAUGAUCUUGGGUUACCAAAUGGACUGACAUUUGAUCCUUAUUCCUCAAUGCUGUGCUGGGUAGAUGCAGGUACCAAGAGGCUGGAAUGCAUGAACCCUAAUCAGCUUGGUAGACGGAAGAUUGUUGAAGGGAUUCAGUAUCCUUUUGGUGUUACAAGCUAUGGGAAGAAUUUAUACUAUACAGACUGGAGAAGGGAUGCUGUUGUAGCAGUGGAUCGCACCAUUUCAUUAGAAAAUGAUAACUUCCAGCCUCACAAGCGCUCACGACUGUACGGAAUCACCACAGCCUUUGCUCAGUGCCCAGGAGGACAUAACUACUGUACGGUGAAUAAUGGUGGUUGUACUCACCUCUGCUUGGCUACCCCAGGAGGCCGCACUUGCCGCUGCCCUGACAACACAGUUGGAGUAGAUUGUAUAGAAAGAAACUGAGCAUUAAAACAAGCUUUAGAGCAGCAGA